UUUUACUUUUCUCGGGGGUAAUUUAGUGACCCGAGGUGUCUUUGCUCGCUCUGGGCUUUUUUCCUCCGUUCAACGCGCCGUGUCGACGCGGCGAGGCUGCCCGCGUGCGAAUGCUUAUGUACAAGAGGGGCAGAUUUUUUUUUUUUGUUGUUAAAUAAAACAGUUUAUGGGCAGUUCAAGGUCAGAAACAAACUAAGGUGGUCGGAAUUUAAUCCAGCCGAGGCACCAGAGGGGGGGAAAUAUAUAACGCCGGGGGGAUUAUUUCUUUAAACGAGGUUCCGCUCACCGCUGGGCUCAUCAGCUGCUUUUUUUAUCCCCGCGAACAGCGAGUACCGCAAGACCCGGGUUGAAUCCAGCCAGUCGUCUCCGCUUUCUACAAUGGAGUGCCUUCUUCUUAACGGUACAAUGCGUUUCACCUACCAGAUAGGGGGAGUCCAAGCUGAGAGAUGAAGGGAAUAUGCUGAUGCCUGGGCGAUCGACAUCAAUGCACGCGCUUUACCAUUAACCGAGCGCCGACUUGGAAGGGACAGGGGGGGAAAAAAGAGAGAACAGAGACAAGUACUAAAAGCUUGAUUUUUUUUUUUUCCUGAUUUCAAACUCGGGAUGCGCGGCAGCGAACAGCUGUAGGGACGGGAUCGAGGAGCGGACUGAGCUGAACAGGUCCGGAGCGCACUUUUCAACACCCCCGUCCUCCGAAAAGAAUAUGAUCCGCUCAAAUCAUAUGGACAUGCCUCAUUAUUCAAUGAGCACUAUCUCGCACGACGCGUCGUUCACGCACAGGAGUUAGCCGGCGCUUCGCCAGAAUUUAAAAGGCCCUCGUCGUCCCACCUUCCGCGGAGCUGUCGCCGCUCUUCCUGGCAUCCGGCGUUCGUCGGCGAGGUGGCAGUCGCGCAGGGCCCCCUGAUCAGUGCUGACCAGAAGAAGGGCUGGAGCUGAUGCCGGCUUAACGCGUCUAAGCGCACCGUCACACUGUUCAAGCAACGACCCACCCGCCGUCUGAGGUGGCCAUUUCAGUAAGCAGCCGUCAGUCAGGAGUGACAGCGAGAGCCCCCUUGAUCCUAACAGGCAGGUUGCAUUCCAGCAUGCAGUUGGUGUGUUAAGGAUGGAGGACUCUAGUUUGUGUCUUGGUGUGUCAUCAGUGGUACCUGAUGCUGAUACCCAUCUGAGCAGUGCAGUCUUAAAUGGCCGCUACCCCAUAAGUCAAAAGCUUCACCAGCUCACUGCCCAGCUAGGACACGCCUUCCCUGACCUACACCGCCCACAACAGAUCCCCGAAGAAAAGGCAGCCACACCCUUGGAUGAGAAGACCCACCACCCAGCCCUGGCCAGUCAACCUAUUAGCAGCCAGAUGGCCCUGCUAGCCAAUCAGCUCAACCGAGACAUUGACGCAGGAGCACUAAGUGGGUUGAACGGACGUGUUGACCUUCAGCAGUUUCUUAACGGUCAGAACCUUGGCAUCAUGUCUCAAAUGAAUGAUAUUGAAGAUGAUGCCCGCAAGAAUAGAAAGUAUCCCUGUCCAUUGUGUGGCAAGCGCUUCCGCUUUAAUAGCAUCCUGUCACUGCACAUGCGCACACACACAGGAGAAAAGCCUUUCAAGUGUCCCUACUGUGACCAUCGGGCGGCUCAAAAGGGCAAUUUGAAGAUUCACCUUCGCACCCAUAAACUUGGAAAUCUUGGCAAGGGCCGCGGGCGUGUCAGAGAGGAGAAUCGGUUGCUGCAUGAACUAGAAGAAAGGGCCAUUCUGAGAGACAAACAGAUGAGAGGAAGUGGCAGCCUCAUUCAGCCAGCUCCAACACCCCAUGUAAGCCUCAACAGCAGCUCCAAUGCGCAUCAUCAGCCUCUGGGCUCUGCUUGUGGCCUCCUCCCUUCCUCUGGCCUCGCCACUCCAGAAACAAUUUCCCAGCCUUCUUCCUCACCUAAACCAAUUGGUACCCAGGAUGAACAGUCCCUGAACCCAGCGACAGGCUUUCGCUGUACCUUCUGCAAAGGAAAGUUCAAGAAGCGCGAGGAGCUCGAUCGCCACAUCCGCAUACUCCACAAGCCCUACAAAUGCACUCUGUGCGAGUUUGCUGCAUCCCAUGAAGAGGAGCUGAUAAGUCAUGUAGAAAAGGCUCACAUCACAGCAGAGACAACACAGGGUCAGGGUGGUACAGGUUCCGGCGGCAUGCAGAUGGCUACUGAAUUUCGCUGUGAUGUCUGUGGCCAGGUGUUUAGCCAAGCUUGGUUUCUCAAAGGUCACAUGCGCAAGCACAAAGACUCAUUUGAACAUUGCUGCCAAAUCUGUGGCCGUCGGUUCAAAGAACCUUGGUUCCUCAAGAACCAUAUGAAGGUGCAUCUCAACAAGCUGGCCAUCAAGAGCAAGCCACCUCAGUCCAAUGAGCAGGAUCUGGCUGCCCUCAAUAGCAUGAGCAAUCUGGCUCAAGAAGCUCAUGCCAACCUUUAUUCACGCUAUAUAUCCUGUCUUCAAGGAGGCUUCCUUUCACCAGACAAACAGGGUUUGAGUGAGCAGCACCAGCUCCUGGCUAAAGCAGGGAUAGCCAUGAAGGAAAAGGAGAUGCUAGGAAAGCUACUGGGGCCUGUGGCCGGGGGCAUGGGCCACGGGUUGGGUGAAAACGAGAAGCGUUCUCUCCUAGGGUGUCUCAACCUUGUCCCACCACUCAAGUCAAGCUGCAUGGAGCGCCUUCAGGCAGCUGCAAAAGUGGCAGAGAUGGACUCCCUCAACAGCUACCAAGCCUGGCAGAUAAUGGCUCGUGGUAUGGCUAUGGACAGGGCUUUCAUGCCUAAAGACCCACAGCAGCACCACAUACCUACAGGGCAGGAAGAUGAGAUGGGUGGAGCUGGGGCCUUGGCUUCCUUUUCAAAGGAUAAACAAGACUACCCAUUGAUUACUUCAAAUGAUAGUUCAAAGCAGAAGCAGCUGUCAGAGGCCUUGCAGGGAUCCAAGGCGUCUACUGGAGCAAUGAUAUCCAUGAAGGAGGAUGGAAGAGGCUUUGACAGCCACCGUGACUUAAUGUCUCACCACGGUAAUGCCGAGGUUCCUGGAGCCAUGGCUGGCUUGGGUAGCCCAAACAUUGACUACAGCCUCUCUGGCCUGAAGGAGAAGCCUUCAGAGUGCCCUGACUGUGGCCGGGUCUUCAGAACCUACCACCAGAUGAUUGUCCACUCUCGCAUCCACGGCAAAGACAGGAGAGGCAUCGAGGAAGCACUCCAGCAACAAGGUCUAGACGAACGCCGUGGAUCAGCGAGUGACCCCGAGUCCCAGUCCAUUAGCCGUUCUACCACUCCUGGUUCAUCCAACGUAACAGAGGAGAGCGGAGCUGGAGGAGCCCACUCCCAGACCGGAAGUGUCCAGGAUGACAGCCCACACCCGUCCUCGCCAUCUUCAGAUGUUGGGGAGGACUUGGGGAAGACAGCUGGAAGUAUUCAACCGCCUCUGUCCCAGCACCGCGAGCGGAGUCUGGCCUCAUCCUCCAAGGACUGUCCCUACUGUGGCAAGUCCUUCCGCACCUCGCAUCAUCUCAAAGUCCAUCUAAGGAUACACACAGGAGAGAAACCCUAUCGGUGCCCUCAUUGCGACUAUGCCGGCACCCAGUCUGCCAGUCUGAAGUACCACCUGGAGCGCCACCAUCGCGAGCGUCAGAACGGCUCCACCACCUCAGGCACCUCAUCUGGCCACGCCCCUUCUUCUGACCAUAAAGAAGACCACGGGAAGACGGCCGGUGGCGGCAUCUUUGCCCGACCAGAUGUCCUUCGUAACGUUUUCAAGGGAAUGCCUCCCAGUCUAGACUUCAGAGCAGGUUCGUUGCUGCCACAUCAGUGGGCGUCGGCCGGCAUGAUGUCCCCGCAAGACCGAGACCGAGAUCGUGAACGUGGAGACCGUCGUUUUGACUCUUCAACUGAGAACAUGAAAAAUGCUGAUGGUCCAUCCUCCCUGGUCUCAGCAGCCUCAGAUAGUCCCGCCAGCUUCUCUGAUCUUAGCAGGGCUUACCAAAGCAUGAUGGGAAACGGUGUCCACUUUCAAGGUUCCCUGCAGGCCUUUAUGGACAAUUUUGUUUUUAGCUCAAUGAAGAAGGAUAUGAAAGACAACCACAAUGUAGCUCAGCUCCAGGCCCAGCGCUACCAUGAUAAUGGUGAGCCCAAAGCCAAGCGAGCUGUCUCAGCUGACCAAGACAGGGAAGAAAAGGCUGAAGCUAAACCAAACUCUGGACCUGGCAAACCUGGGUCACAAUAUGAACCUCUUGAUCUAUCUGUGUCCGUUCGACCUGAGUCUGCAUCUGAACCUCUCCCUGGCUCUUCAGUCACCAUUCAUGAUAAUGUGGCAUGGCACGGUUGUCUAUUCUGCUCCUUCUCCACCUCCUCAUUGGAGCUCAUGGCUCUGCACCUUCAGGCCAACCACCUGGGGAAAGCCCAACUACAGAGACCAGAUACAGGCAAGGAACUUCGUGGAGAUGCUUCUACCAACACCUCCACAAUUCACUCCUCUAACAACAAGACCUCUGCUCUGACCCUUGACAAAGUGGGUGACAGAGAUGGAGAGAAAAACCAGGGAGGAUGGAACAACCACCACAUGGACCAGCCCUACAACCCCUUCCAGAGUGAAUUCUACAGACGGUUUGGUGGCUUGUAUGAUGGAAAUCCAGGGGUGAACCAGGGCCUUCAAGCCUAUAUUGGAGUCGCAGAACAGGCGCUAGACCCAUCAAGCCAGGUUUUUGGAGCAGCAACAUCAGCUGGGGAUAUCCAGAUCGGUGAGAAUGCCUCCUGCGGAGACACUGAAGAGAACCAAGUGGGAUCAGAUGAUGAAAUUGCAAAGACUGGUGUGCACAGUGCCAGUGAGACACCCUCCGCCACCCCUAAAAGACAACAGCAACAGAAUAACUCUGAUGAAGAUGAAGAGGAGGGAGGAGUGGCCGAAGAGGAGGAGGAAACAGAUGAGGGUGGACAAAUCGACAUGGAGAGGGAGGAUGGAGGAAGUCCAGCUUCAGAACACCUCCAGAACCACCCUAAGCUCCUCCAAGAUGACUCCUCGUUGCACCCACGGAAUGAGGCUCGUUUGGCAGCGUCGUCCUCUGCCAUGAGUUCGCUUUCUCUUGGCCACCGAUCCCAGAACCAAGGUUUGCCACUGGAGAAGCAAUGGCAGCAAGGCUUGAGCCUUUUGUCUCCGGGAGGGCCUCCAGGACUGUUGAAGGCCGAGCAGCAUACCCACCUCGAGCAGCAGAUAAACAUGCUGUCUGUCCUCAGAGCUUACAGCAAUGACAACCUCCCUGCAUUCAACGGCCUGGGAAGCGGAGCGGGAGGAGCAGCCACAGGGGGCAUGAAGAGGCCAGACAUGCCUGGCCGGAGGCCGUUCAGGUGCAGCUACUGCCCUUACAGCGCCUCCCAGAAGGGCAACCUGAAGACCCACGUGCUGUGCGUGCACCGCAUGCCCUUCGACAACAGCCGCUACCCGGACCGCCGCUUCAAACGCUCCCGCCCGGAGUCCGAGGCCCCGGGGAACGGCGCCGACGACAUCGCGACGAUUCAUUCGAGCAAAUUUGGGUCGUUCGCAGGGGAGGCUGCGUCUUGUCACCAAGACUAAAGCCUCCGUGAGCAAGGCAGGAUAAUGGGAACGAGAGUUUUCUCUGAAAUGGUAUCGAUUUGCGAAAUUAGACGCUUGUCCUCUGAUGAAGGAUAACUGUUAAACACAAUUGUGCUGAAACUGUCAAUUAGACAAGACGAUGUGGAUAGACCACACUUCCUAAAAUCUAAACACAAAGGAAGCAUUCUCCAUGUGUGGUAUUAAUAGUCUUUAGAUACUUGACAAAACCUCAUAAUCUAUAUAUUCCUUGUUCAGCAAUUAAUCUUGUUUUUUUUAUUGAGCACAGUAGGUCAUGAGUAUGAAUGGAGGCUUAAUGAAACUGAGGUUUUCAGGGUAAUCAUGGAGGCAGGCGGCUAUAAAGCAAGAGCGAGGCCAGAUGAGAUAAUCAAAAAUCAUUAGCGAGAUGUUUCUCCAAAAAUAAUGCUUUUACCAGAAAAAUGAUCCACGUAAACGACUGAGCAGAACCGUGUAGAUGAUUCUGAGGAGACUCUGAACACAACAUGGCCACGGCCGCCACCCUAGAACAUAACACCGUCGGCUGCCAUCUUCCCAGUGCCAGUGAUGGGCAGCGUGAGUGUGCGUCUACGUUACAGGGUCAUUGGCGGCGACGGUGGAAUGUGUGUUUGUGUUGGGAAAAGAAAAAGAGGAGGUUGGGGGGGGGGCGAGUGGAAGCCCUGGUGCCAGCCUGACUGGAGCUGUCAUCGUAGAGGAAAUCAAUUCAGAGAUGUCGCAGACACACACACGCCGUAGACACACACGCCGUAGACACACACGCCGUAGACACACACGCCGUAGACACACACGCCGUAGACACACACGCCGUAGACACACACUUAGGCCCCUACGGCGGUAACCCGACUCUGGACCCUACGCCGGGGGGUCAAGUCGAGUCCCAUCAGCUGACCGGUGAACCUGAGGUCGCCUCCUUAUCGCCCGCUUCCUCGCCUGCACUUUGGCUGGUUCUAACAUAAGCGAAAAGUGGUGGAGAACGGGCUGAAAAAAUUCUACGUAAAUCAAUCAGUGGCAUAUUUAAAGCAUCCAUUAGCCAGCGUUGAAGCUUGUUCUGCUCCGGUUUUGGCAAUUCAGUGUCUGGAGGUCACCUCGCAGGCUCCACAUAAGAGACUGAUGGGGAGUUUCAGCUGUUUUAGCCCCGUGCUUCACGGUGAUGGAUGACAGAUCGACUCCUUGACUAGGACCCGCGCCGCGAUGAGGGGGAUUUUUCAACAGGCGACCGAGAAAGGGGAGAUCAGACAGAACCAGCUGUAUUCUGUACAAAUAAAACAGAGCGGAACAUCCUCCUGGAAGAAUUCAUCACUCGAACAGUGUGACCGAGGAACUUUGGCGUUAAAUCAGACAAAAAGCAGGAUUAAUCUCCUCCUUUGAUAAGCUCUUGUAAAGAGGCAACAUAGGGUGGGAGAAAAAUAGAUAAGCGUUCCUUUUACCUUGCUUUAUGUCUCUAAUUAUAAUAUGCUUUGUUUUUAUCCUUUCAAAUAAGACAGUGUCUGUCUUACAUCUACAGUAUAAGUAGUGGUUUUAUUCAUGGGUUCUAUUCCUGUGGGAGAGAAAUGUAACAUAUCUUAUUAAACCGAGCGAGAUUGUUCAAAUGGGGGGGGGGGUCCGAAACUUUCUCAAAGUCCGAAAUCAUUCGGACUUUGAGAAAGUCAAUAUCCUCCCACGCAUGCAGUGAGUGGUGGCAGGGAUAAACUCUCAGAGCCCCCGGGCCUCAGUGCCACGUCUUCACCUGAAGGAGUUCAGUCUCACACCUCACACGCAGUGGUCCUGCACACAUGAGGGGGGAUGAAGAGGGGCAACAAUAGAGCCAAGAAGGACACACGGAAGUGCAGAGGACAGAGUAAGUCAAGGACGCAACUGAGGGUCGUAUUGUAGGUCAAGGUCAGAAUUCAGCAUUUAGCUGUAGUCUUAUUGUGUGACAUAAAAUACUGUAUUUUGUUCUUUUCCACAGUAGCCAACGAGCCUUAUACAGUAAAUGUAGGUGGGGUCGGUCCCUGUAAGUCCUUCCCCUGUGAAAUCCACAUAAACUAAUGUAGAAUAAGCUCCAGGUUUCAAUGCACUGCUGUGUUCUUUGUGGCUGUAGCUUGAUUUCACACUUGUGUUUGUACAUACAGUACAUACAUGUAUGCGUGUGUGUGCGUGUGUGCGUGUGUGUGUGUGUGUGUGUGUGUGUGUGCGUGUGUGCGUGUGUGUUUGCGUGUGCUCGCUGAACAUGUAACUGAAUAUUGCUGUAAAGAACUGCUUUAAAAUCACACAUUCCAUCGUUUUCGCACUAAGCAGCACAUCCGAAUGUUUUCAUGACUUCGUUCAGAUGAGGCAAUAAUUCUUUUGUUUGCUUCGACACUGGGAGAACGCCGUUUGUUCUUAUUCCUCCGCGACUUGUACUCUUUGUCCACCCCUGAGAAUGAAUUGCGGUUUCUCCCCCUGCCGUAAGCCCAAAAUAAUCCACUCCAUCGCGCCCGUGCUGCGUGAUCCACACUGAGCUUCUUUUUGAAAGUACAAUAGCACACACAAGUUUGCUCAAGUAUAAUCACUGGAGCUAGAAAAAAGAAGAAAAAGACAGUCGCGCUGCCCGUGGAUUUGAGUUAGUUUGUAGUGGUAUGCGAUCCCUGCCCAAACCCUGUCCACAGCCCCUUUUUCUAUGAAAAUGAUGCCCAUGACCAGUGGAAAAAGUGAGGAGAGGGGUUUUGUUGCAAUCUGUGAGCUUCUUUAAUGUGUGAUCACACACUGUAUUUAGAAUAAUAAAAAACAUUGGUCAAUAUUGGCCUGGUUGUCUUUCAUUAAAAGGGUUCAUCAAACGUUUGACUGGUUGCUCUUUCUGGAUUCUAGUCAUUGUCGUGUACUUCGAAACGGUAAGAUUUACCUGGUGUUCUUUCUGCAAUAAAACCUCUACCUCUGGGAAAACACU